AUGGGGUCAUUGGAGGAGUCAAAUUGGGCAUGGCUUCCGAAGAACUUAUUGGAUAUGAUUCUAGACAAUUUGGUUUCACUUUCUGAAUUUGUUCGAUUUGGUGCGGUUUGCAAACCAUGGCAGUCUGUGGCAAUGGAGAACAAGUUUAAAUUCGUUCAAAAUAAGUUUUCAACACAAGUUCCAUUCUUGAUAGUGCCUUUGAAAGAUAAUAAUGACGGCGAACGACGCAGUCUAUACAACAUUACUCAUAAUAAGCUAUAUGAUUUUCAGUUACGAGUACCUUACAAAGAGAGGCUUUGUGGUUCCUCACAUGGUUGGCUGUUUGGUAUAGAAAAAUCCUCGAGCGUAACUAUAAUGAAUCCGUUCUCCGGCUCUACCAUAGAGCUUCCUCCAAUUGAUAGUGUGGUCUCAGCAAGCAUAGAUGAGAUUUCCUUUGAAGUUACAAAGGUUAUAUUGUCAGCUAAUCCUGCUUCUUCUCCAAAUGACUAUAUUGUUGCCGCCAUCUAUGGUAUUCAUCCUAACCUGGCAUUUAUUCAGGCAGGAGAUAAAGCUUGGACUUGCAUACAUAAAGAGUGGACUUGCAUAGAUAAAGAGAGAUCUAUGUUAUUAUGUGAUGUCAUAAAUUAUAAAGGCCGGAUUUUUGCAGUUGAUAGUGAUAAAGUCCUAAUGAUUGAUGUUAAUAGAAGGGUUGGGGCUCUGCAAGUGGAGGAAAAGGAAAUUGCACCGCAAAUUGUUCAUACUGAACGCAUGUAUCUUGUCGAAUCAUCUACCGGGGAAUUACUUCUUGUACAAAGGAUUUUAGAAAUUGGAGACGAUUCACAGCAUGCAACUUCUGGGUUUAAGGUUUUCAAGAUGCUCUUAGACCAAUUUGAGGAGGGUUUGCAUAUGCUAGUUGAAGUGAAGAACUUGGGUGGAGACACCAUGUUUUUGGGAGAUAAUCAUUCCAUUUGUGUUUUAGCUUCCAAAUGGCCCGGAUGUGAACCUAAUUCAAUAUACUAUACAGAUGAUUAUACUGACUGUAUAUACUAUCCCCCAUCUGGGCGCCAUGACAUGGGUAUCUUCAACAUAGUGAAUGGAAGUUUUGGGACGCAUUACAUCCUUGAUCCUUCACAUAACGAUAUGCUGCCCUCAAUUUGGAUUGUCCCAACUGUGUUGGGAAGUUCAGUAUAG